AUGGCCGCGAUUUCUUUGGGCACGCGUUGUGCGCAGGCGCGGCAGGCCCGAGCCUCGGCCUCGGCCUCGGCGCAAGCGGAGCUCGCUGGUAAAGCGCCUUUCGCCCCUGCGCCACGGCCGCUGCGGCCGCUGCCCGCUUGGCGCGCGAAGGCACAGGUACCUGCCGCGCCUUCUUCAGAGGUGGCCCUGGCACUUGGGGGAGGUGGACUCCUGGGUGCGGCAGCUUCCGGCAGAAGAUUGCCCAGGCGCCGAGCCCAAUCCGGGCAAGCUGAUGUCCAGCAGGCACAGCAGCAGGCGGUCCUAGACUUCAUCGAGGAAGUUGGAGCCGGAAACUAUCAGGUGCAGCAGGCGCUGCUUCUCGCAUGCUUCUUUUUCAGUGAAGCUGCAGAGCUGGAUGUGAUCUCACCCUUGACCACGGCAUGGCGGCUUGAAUGGGCGCUUGUGACAGACCAGGCUGGCACACUCCUGUCCGGCUUGCUGGGCGAUCAGUUCGGGCGCCGCGUGCCGAUCCUUGUUGGCUACAUGGGGGUCAUUAUUGGGUCUUGGGGGAUGUGGGGUGCUGCGUCACCCUUGAUCGUUGGAGUUUUCAGAGCGGUCACGGGGUUCUCAGUUGGUAUCGGAGUGCCCGCCUCUUUGACAAUGGUCGCAGAGAUCGCUCCAGCCAGCAGUCGUGCUCAGCUCCUGAGUGUGUGCUACGCUGCGAUUGCGUUCGGGGCCCUCUAUGCGGAUCUUGGACUCUACCUUUUUCUUCCGGACCUGAAAUCUGGGGAUUGGCGAGGCUUGUGUGCCUGGUCAGCUAUUCCAGCAGCACUGGCACUCCCCAUCGCCUUGCUGGAGCUGGAGGACACGCCGGUGUUCCAUAUGCUCAAGGGAGACACGGCCAAUGUCUCGCGGGUCCUUUCUAAGAUGGCAGAGCGCAAUGGCCGUUCAGUCACUUGGAGGCCACCUCCAAUGCCCCCACGAAGCGCUUCGACUGGGGCAGCUUCGCCGAGUGGAAGCACAGAAGUCGUCUGGCAAAGUUUCCAGGCUUCGCGUCUUCCCCUUUUGGGAAGCGCAGUGUUGGAUUUCACCUACAACUUUACAGGCUUUGGCUGUGGCUAUUUUUUCCCCUUGAUCAUCUCCGAAUUGGCAGAGGGUGCACCGCUGCCCCCCGUCGGUGAACUUGUCCUUGCAAAUCUGGUGGCCUUCCCUGCUUUGUAUCUGGCGUACCAGGCGCUGCAGUCCAGGUACGGCUACAAAGAGAUCCUGGUAUUUGGUGGACUUCUCGAGAUUGUGGCGGUUGCCUGCCUCCUGGUAAGUGGAGUGCCGUUUCUUCCUGUGCUUGGCAUCUUCCUUCUGAAGCUGACGAUGGUGACAUAUUCACAGACCGUCAGCACCGUGAAGGCUGAGCUUUUCCCAUCGCUGAUCCGCGUCUCCGCAUUGUCGAUCUCCGGCACCUGCGGCCGCGUGGGGGCUCUGAUUGCUCCUGCGCUGAUCGAGGAGACACGCGGUGACCCGGGAAGUCCAGACGAGUUUCGAGUGUUCUUGUCUCUGUUGGCAUUCGUGCUAGUUGUCGCAACUGUCUUCGGUGUCAGCCUUGUGUCCACUCCUCAAGCAUGUGACAAUCAAGUGAUGGUGCAUGAGCUCAAGGUUCAAAAGGCAUCAGCCGAGCUGCGUGUUGCAACUCAUGAUGUGCUGUAUUAUGCAGACUAUCAGCAAGGCGCGGCGGGCGCGGGCAGGGCACCAGCCAUCGAGGUCAACACGCCCGACAGGGAAGGCUUGGUCGUCGAGAAGGUAGCCGACGGAGGGGCGGUGGAUGCGUACAACAAGAAAAGCCCAGAGGGCUACAGAAUACAGGAGGGAGACUUGGUGGUCAAGGUCAAUGGUGUUAACGCUGAUGGCCCACUAGCACAUCAUAUGCCAGCGAUAGCUGGUAAAGUCAUGGAGGCUUCUACCAUCCGACUGGAAGUGAGAAGAUACUGUGCAGGACCCAACUUGGCGACUUCAGGCCCGCUGAGGGAAGUAUCCGGCAACUGGACCGGGACGGGCUCCUCUCCGCCUGCAGAUGCAGACGCUGGUGCCUUGGGCCGGCAUGGCUGGAAGGUUCAGAGCCAGACGGCCCCAGCAGUGCCGUUCUUCUCAGACAUGCCAAACGACGGUGCUUGUGGUGCACAGGCACAGAGCCAAGCGGACGUGGACUCGUUGUUGAUGCAGCAGGGCCAGGCCCUGGCCAGGCAGUCCAUGGGCCUGUCCGGGACUGGCUGCGGAGCUGGAUGUGGAGCCGGAUGUGGUGGCUGCGGCGCUGGCUGCUGCGGAGGGCCUUGCGGCGGUUGCGGCCGAAGCGGGAAUUCUGGAUUCGGUGGCUGCGGUGGGUGUGGCUGCGGCGGUUGCGGUGGGUGCUGCGGUUGUGGUGGUUGCGGUUGCGGUGGCUGCGGCUGUGGGGGCUGUGGAGCGCUCCGGCCUCAGAGUGUUGCCGGUCGCAGGUCCAGCGGCUGCGGUGGCUGCGGUUGCGGAGGCUGUGGUGGUGGUUGCGGAUGUGGCGGUUGCGGCAACUGCGGCGGAUGCUGCGGGCAGUUUCCAGGAUGUGGUGGGUGCGGGAUGGGGGACAGCAUUGGCGGAAUUCAGUCUGGCUUGGCGCAGCUGCAGCAGCAGCUUCAGCUUCAGCAGCAGCAGCUGCAACAGCAGCAGGCGAUGCAACAAUCGCAGGCGAAGGCUAUGAUGUCCCCUCCACCUCCGCCCCCGCUUCCGCCAUCAGCUGCGGCGUCGCAGGCACAGAGGAGCCCAACACAGAUGCCUAUGAACAUCAAUGCUUUGAGCAAGCAAGCGUUGCAGCUGCAGCAGAAAAUUGCACAGCUGCAGCAACAGCUUGGUCUCAUGGGCGAAGGAUCGCAAGCCAGCGUGACGCCGUGCCUUGAGGAAGACCCCAACCUGGGCAGCCUUCCCGAAGGAGCUGGAGCCUUCGACCAAGGUCGAGGCUAUCAGCAGCCAGCGACUCCGCCUGAUAUCCCGAACAUGGCACAGCAGUCGAUGAUGCGCUCGAUGAUCACUCCCCAGUCACAGCCUCCACAGCAUCCGGCGCCCACCAAGCUGCAGAACAAGGAAGAGGCUCAGCCUCCGGCGGCCGCAGCGGCCGCCGCAGCUGCCGCCGCAGCGGCUGCUCAGACCGCGCCGGCACAGAGCCAGGAUCCAAACAGCCACUUUACAUUCGAGGUUUAUCUACAGCGGCAUGAAGGCAUGAGGCUUGGCCUCAGUGUCCUUCCAGUCACCAUGCACGACGUCGCAGUGCUGUGGGUGAACGAAGUGUCUGAGGGGGGCGCUGUGGACGCUUGGAACAAGUCCGUUUGCUCCGCCUUCCAAGUUCGAAGUGGAGACGCAAUCACGCGAGUCUUCAAUGCGGUUGGAGACCAUGCCAAGAUGAUGGAGGAGUUGCAAAGCCACCGUAACAUUCGCCUGGCCGUCGUGCGGCAAGGGGGCAACAACCCGGCAGUGCCGGCUGGCGCAAAGGCACCUGCAAAAGCUCCGCCACAACUUCCACAGCAAGUUCCCAAGUCCACUGCACCUCGAGCUCAGGACGACCUGGGUCCACGUGGUCAGUUGGCGGGUAUUGGUGCAGCGGAUGAGAUGCAAAAUGUGCUAGCGGGCCUAGCGGGCCAUGGCGCUGAAAGUGCCGCAAGCAGGAUGCCCAGAGCUCCCAUCAACCAGGCCCUGCCCAACGAGGCCAUGGAGGAUGCGUUGGAGAAAACAUCCGCACCUCCCCCCGGUUUAGCAAAACCAUUGGUGCCUAUUGAAUCUCGACCUCUCGGAACAACUGCCGACGAUCCAGGUGAUCUGAUAGGGAGCAUUGACGUUCAAGAAAAUGGCACGAACGGGCCGCUUCGUUUUCAGGUCGUCCUAGCGCGCAAAGGGCCCGGGCGUCUUGGUAUAGAUGUCGUCCUCAAGCGAGAGGCAAACUUCUGCGGCUUGUUGGUCUACAAAGUCAGUGAGGGCGGCAGAGUGGACGCGUGGAACAAGCAGAGCCAGAUGCCCUACCGGGUCUUGCCAGGUGAUCACAUCCUCGAGGUGAACGAUGUGAGCAUCAGUGGGGACAACAACCCGCAGAAUGACAAGUUCGCAGUCAGGAUGGUGCAAGAGUUGUCCAAGGACAGGAAAAACGUUCACUUCACGGUCGAAAGAGUCCCCUCCGUGUCUGAACUCUCUCAAGAGGAUGAGAGCGCCAUUCAGGUCGGUCUCUCCGACCAAGGCGAAGCUCGUCGCCGCCUGGAGGGGCAGAUGAUGCCUCGGCAGGUAGGCCCCCAGCAGACCCCAGAAGGUGGUCAGGAAGCCGAUGUGGCCCAAGGUGCGGUUGCAAAGGGCGGCACGCAGCCCCCGGCUUCAAAGCCGCCGGCAAAAGCCCAGGCUCCGGCACCGCUCCAAGCACCCCCGAAGCCGGGGCAGCCAACGCCGACUCCGCCUGCAGUUGCACCGAAGUGGCAGCCGAAGUCCUCGCCAGCCCUGCCAGGCCAAAAGUCUGAAGAGAGCGACAGCGUGGAUGUGGAUCUAGAGCCACCCCAAGGUGCAUUGUCUGCCACCGCCCUUGCAGAUGGUGAGGUCUCCGACCAGGGCCCUUCUGCAGAGGUCAGGGCGGAGGAGGAGAAAGUAGAGACAGCCGAAAAGGUCGAGGAAGAGAAAGACAAGGACAAGGACGGCAAAGAACCGAAAGCAUCUGAGAAGGAACAGGAGGAAGCAGAGGCAGCUCUUCCAGCCACGGAAGCAGCAGACCAGGCGGCAAAGGAGGGCCCAGAAACUUCCCCACCACCAGCUAUGCCAGCUCCAGCGAAGGCACCAAAGGCCAAGCCCGCCGACUCCGGCCCUCCUUCGGCUCCACCCCCGAGUUCUCCCUCCUCCAGGCCUCUGCCACCACCCCCGAAGGUGCAGGCGCCCCCGGCACCCCCGAAGCCACAAAAGGAAGAGAAGGAAGCCCAGGCCAAGUCGCUGCCUGCACCGCCUGCCGGCCCGGCACCGGCACCUCCUCAAGGCGAUGAAGGCGAGAAAGCCGAGCCAUCCGACACGCCAUCACCGAAAACCAAUGCGCAAACAUAA